UGCGGCGCUCUGCUCUGCUCUGUCUCUGUCUCUGUCUCUGGCACCAUGAAGAGAUUACCCGUCCUGGCGCUGCUGUCCUCAGCGGUGCUGCUUUGCAGCGCUGCUCCAGGUUUGGAGCAGCUGACAUGCAGCGGGGAGAACAGUGCUGCAGCAGGACGCGCGGCAGUGCAACACAUCAACGAGCACCAUCACCAUGGCUACAAGUUCCGACUCGAUCGUAUCUCCGUCAUCGGGGUGAUAGGGGGUGGAGAUCGCUGUAAUGUUUUUUUAGAGAUGGGUCUUCUGGAGACAGACUGCCACGUUGUCAACCCCAAACACUUUGAGGACUGCAAUCUCCGUAGCGAUUAUGACUGGGAGGUGAUGGCCAACUGCACCGUUAAGAUAUCUAUAAUUAGUGGCAAUGCCAAAAUCGUGGAUUACAAUUGUGCCACAAGAAGAGUAAAAACUAACAUGGAGAUGAGCAUGAUCUGCCCUGACUGUCCCGUACUGGUCCCACUCAGCGACUCUGACGGUCUCAAGUCUGUGCAUGAAGCUGUGAAGAAAUUCAACCAGAACACCACCAACCAGCGCUACUACAUCCUGGAGGAAGUGGGACGCAUAAAAUCUGGGUACAAGAUGGUGGGAGGGAUGUUCUUCUCUGCUCAGUUUGUCGUCGUGGAGACUCACUGCCCAAUGGGAUCCAGAAUCCUCCCUGAGGCGUGCAAACCCCUCUGCCCCGACAGAGCACAUCACGCUUACUGCCGUUCACUUUAUUCGAUGGAAAAUGGACUCGGGGAUGUUGAAUGUGACUUUUACCCCCCAGUGAACACCACCGCCCUUGCUCCUGGUGAACCGGAGCCCGUCUGUAGGCCCCCUCACCGUGCGCACCCUCCUGGCCUCCCUCCCUAUCAUGGCCCUUCAGCACCUCCUCCCCACGCUGGAGGACGCCCACCACAUGGUCAUGGUCAUGGUCAUGGUCAUGGUCAUGGCCUUCCUCCCCACAUUGGAGGACGCCCACCAAGUCCUCAUGGUCUUCCUGACAAUGCUGGCCCACAUUCUGGUCAAAUACCCCCACCCUUCAACCACUGCGAUACACCCUUGAUUAAUCCUGACCCAGCUGUCCACCCUAUUUGCCCCUGGCAUCUUCCUUUCAACCGCUGAUUCAUGAGACUUUCUGGAAACAUCACUCUGGAGUCUGGAGAUCACGAUGUGCAGUAAUUAUAUCAAUCAAUAAAUCUGCGUCUGAACAAGAUACUAUGAACUGGAGAACUUAAAUUGUAUAUAAAUGAACAAAAAGCAGCAGGGGCUCUGAUUGGCCGUUGCUCUGUGGGUUGGUCAUUUAAUACGUCUUUAAACUGUAACAUUAGAAGAUGCUAGAACAACCCUCGAUCAACAUUGAAUACCACUAAUAUUUCUAUUUUACACACUUUUAAUGUGAGAUUUAAUAAACGAAACCUGCAGAAAAGACUGUAAA